AUGAUGCUCAGAAUAGGUGCAGCAAAAGACGAUCAGGAGUCCAUGAUCAUUUCGGGGACUGCAGUAGCUCUUGCAGGUGCCUGCAGCAUGGCUGUUGGAGAGUUUGUUUCUGUCGCAACCCAGAGGGACAUCGAAAAAUCAACAAUCCACAAAACUUGUUCAGAUGAUGCAAGAGCAAGUAUGGCAAAGCAAGUUGAUGGCAAAGAGGAGGCCCUGCCUAAUCCAUACAAGGCUGCGGCAGCAUCAGCCUUGGCUUUUCUUUGUGGAUCGGUGGUUCCCCUAGUGGCUGCUGUGGCGAUAUCUCAAUACGGAACCAGGAUUGUGAUAAUAAUGGUGGUAACAACUAUUGCUCUGGUGUUGUUUGGGGGACUUGGAGCCCUUCUUGGCGGUUCACCCAUAAGAUUAUCUGCAAUGAGAGUUCUAACAGGAGGAUGGAUAUCUAUGUCCGUCACAUUUGGCUUGAUUAAGGCUUUUGAUGGAGAUCAUAAAGCUCAUAAAUCAUGA